GUAUCCAAGCGCGACAUACGUGGACCCUGAUGUUAGGGCUAAGCUGAGAUAAAUAUGAACAUUUCUUGUAGGUAUUGAAAGGUAAAAAUUUUUCAUCAAAUCCUCAGAAGGCCACUAGAUUAUUCAUCAUCUAGCAUACCAAUAGACAGACCAUCAUGUCCAGUCCCGAGCCCACCAUAGAGACCAUCUCUCCCCAAGACGCCCACACCGCCACUGAAAGCCACUCAGAUCACGGCGACAUAAUCCGCGACAUCAUCAUCGGAUUCGCCGAUGGCCUCACUGUCCCCUUCGCUCUAACAGCCGGACUAUCAAGUCUCGGCUCCUCGAAACUCGUCAUUGUCGGCGGCCUUGCAGAACUAUUCAGUGGAUCGAUUUCCAUGGGUCUGGGUGCAUAUUUGGCUGCUGUUACUGAUCGAGAACAUUAUAAGAAUGAGAUUGCCCGGGAGAGGAGAGAGGUUGCCGAGAAACCCGGUGCUGAGAAAGAGGAGAUCUUUGAUAUCUUUGCGGAGUAUGGAAUAACCAGAGACGCGAGUCAGGGGGUGGUGGAUUGCUUGAUUGCGAACGAGGAUAAUUGGAUUAGAUUCAUGAUGGCUUUUGAACUCAAACUGGAAGAACCAAACGUCUCUCGGGCAUGGAUCUCAGCUGCAACAAUGGGACUAUCCUAUUUCAUUGGCGGCCUCCUCCCCAUGAUCCCAUACUUUGCCAUGACCAACGUGACGCAUGCCCUCUUCGUCUCCAUCGGAAUCACGUUUGUGAUACUCAUUGCUUUCGGUUUUAUCAAGAACUAUAUUAUGAUCAAGACUACUCGGUCCGGAUUAUGGGGAGCGUUGCAGACGUUGAUUGUCGGGACGUUGGCUGCGGGGACAAGUUAUGGCAUAGUUUAUGGGAUUGAUCAUAGCAAUAUCAGCUAA